UUUCAUUGGCUAGCAAUCACCUCUGGCCCCGGUCUGCACGUUAGACCCCUCCCUCGUAGAGCCGCCCUGAAGACAGGGGCCCCUUUUGAAUGACAGCGCUUGGGAAGGAAGACGAAUUUUUGUGUGAUUUCCCGCAGCCGCAGCGUCGAUGAGAAGCAGUCGAGGAACUCCAUUCUAACUGAAUGGAUUGGUAUGGGGAGAAGCGGACCACAAAUCACGGCUAAGCGGCAGCUUUGGGACUGUGUAACGUUGACGAUGGUUUUACUUUCGCUGCUGUUUCGACCAGCUCACUGCCAGCAAUGUCGAAUCCAACGCUGCAAUGCGGAGUAUGUGGCUUCUACCUCACCCUCUAGUGGUCUGCAGGAGGACGUGGCUAUGGAUGUGGACUACUGCAUCGCCUUGCGGGCCUAUGCCCUGUGCACCAGGCGGCAAGCACGCAGCUGCAGGGGCGACCUGGUCUACCACUCGGCUGUCUUCCGCAUUAAGGAGUUAUUCUCUCAACAUAACUGCUCCAGUGAUGGGCCCACCUCCUCCGACAAGGUCCCCAGCACGUCUCGCCCUGCCGUGUCAGAGCUGUGUGACUAUGAGAAUCGGGUCCUCCUGUCGGGUUCAGCCGGCCAGCAAAAGAAAUACGCCCACUGUGGAUUAUUUGGAGACCCCCACCUACGGACUUUCCGAGACGAGUUUCAGACCUGCAAGGUGGAAGGGGCGUGGCCUCUGAUAGACAACCGCUUCCUGUCAGUGCAGGUGACCAAUGUGCCUGUUGUCUUAGGCUCCAGCGCCACAGCAACCAGCAAGAUCACUGUGAUCUUCAAGUCGUACCACGGCUGUACAGACCAGAAGGUGUACCAGGCCACCACAGAAGAUCUGCCAUUGGCCUUUCAGGAUGGGACUCGCAGUGGCGGAGAGAGUGGCAGCCUGAGCAUUGUAGAGCGGGGCGGCUCUGGUGUGGGCCGGCAAGUGAAGAUACAGGCCCGCUACAUUGGCACCUCCAUCAUCGUCCGGCGAGUGGGCAGCUACCUGACCUUUGCCAUCCGCAUGCCAGAAGACACGCUGGACUAUUCAGAGGACAAUGGCGGUCUGCAGCUCUGCCUGCAUGGCUGUCCACGGAACGAGCUCAUCAAAGAGCACACGCUGGGCCGUCAGAGCCAGCAGCCCCGCCUGCAGGGCACCAACACAGAGCUGGGUCCUUUACGGCCCCCUCAUCAGAUCUACACAGUGGAGCGGGCCACGGCCAAGUGUAGAGAGACUCUGCAGGUGGAGGACGUGUACUUUCAGUCGUGUGUGUUCGACUUGCUGACCACAGGAGACCCUGAGUUCUCUAUGGCAGCGUAUGGGGCUCUGGAGGAUUUAAAGGCAUUGCCACCCAGUAAACUGAAGCAGAAUUCCCCAAGUUUUUCCAACCGAGGGGCUUCACGCACGUCGGCUGCAUCAGCAGCCAGCGGCUCCCUGCUCUCACUCCUACUUCUCAUUCUGCUGCUUUUGUGAAAAAUAAAAUGAAUUUAAAUGAUUUUUAAAAAAGAGAAACAUGUAGACAAACAGAACUUGGAAGCAUUACUAGCUUGAGGAAAGAGUGACUAGAGCUCAGACCUAUGUCUUUGUAAUUUUUGGGGAGGGGACUUCGUGAGUGUUGUGAGCUUUUCUGUUUUUGUUAACUGAAGGAUUUCUCUAUCUCCACAUCACUUUUUCUCUGGAUUUCUGCAUUGGUCCUAUCAUUUCAACAAAAAUAGAAAUGAAUGAAAUCAUGUGGUUUAGGAUCAACUACAGCAUCUGCACCAUUUUCACCUACUCACUGUUAAUUGGUUUACAACAGUCAAAAGGUUAAACUCAUUAUCAUGUGUGCUGACAUCAAGGCAGCUAAACAGAAAUAAUUAUUUUUUUGUAAAUAUUUCAUUUUGACGGAGAAAAUGAACAACCUCCAAACACUCCACUAUGCAUGAAGCUGCAUAUGUAACUCCAUACUGUAUGUAAGCUGUUCCUGUGCACAGCAAUAAGGCUUUAAGGUCCUGUAUAACCCAGUGAUAUCAAUAGCACUUAACGGUUUUGAUGGCAAGUUUUGUGUAUUUAAAUGUUAUUUCUUUGCCUGCUUCAGCUGUUGUUUCAGAAAUUGGUAUGAUAAAUACACAGGAUCCAACAACUGUAUGUGAAAACUACCUAUCCAUAACGUAUGAUGUGCCAGUGUGAUAUUCAACAGUUCCAUUCUCAUCUUCUGUGAAACACUCCCUCUUCAAGCUGUUUGGCUUCCAGUUUUAAAGGUAAAAAGAAAGACAAAUCUUUAUAUAAUAAUAUAUUAAAAGAGUGUAUAUAUGUGUUUUAUAUUAUGUACAUUUGCCUGUGUAUAGAUGUUUUAACUGUAAUAUGUUUUACAUUUGUUGUGUUUAGUAGGUUAUUUGAAGACAUUGUAAGAAAAGUAAUAUGUGUUGUGCUGUACAUGUAAUUUUCUGUAUUAAAGGGUUGGACACUCCUAA